CCUUAUUUUUAUAAGGGUAUAUUAGUUUGGUAAUAUUGGCUUACUUCUGGUAGAAUUGGAAAUUCCACCCCUUUUAAAUGGAAUAUUGACGUGUCUCCAUUUUUUUUCACGCUCGUGGAGGAGAGGGAGCUUCUCUCGCUGCGUUUUGCUUGGAAUGCAGUCCAUAUAUUCGUUAAAAUGUCACAAUGAAUAGGGCUUCUGCUGUAGGGUUUAAUGGACCUCGUCCAUUCUCUUCCUCUGUUGUUUUUGGCUUGCAAGUUCAUUAAUCAUCCUACUCCUGCACCUACAAAUUUCAACCUUUCCUCCACGUUGGUGCAUUUGGUUCAAUGGACACGUUUCUUCAGUCUACAAUGUUCAAAAGUAGGUUACUAUUGUCAAUUUUCGUUGGUGAAGAAGACAAGAAAUAUAGUUAAAAAAAAAUCUCAGUUUACUUGUCAAAAGUGUUAGCUCCUUGCGGACUUUUCUAGCUUAAAAAUAUGACCACAUCCCACAUAAGUUUCAUUUCAAUGAUGAUUACAGAACCAGUAUGGAUUUUCCAAAGUUGUUCCUGCGUUCUUCUCUUCUAGUCCUUCAUUUCGCAUUUUCUUCUUCCAAAGACGCCAUAACUAUAAACCAAACCAUUCAUGAUGGUGACUUUCUGAUCUCUAGAGAAAAUAAUUUUGCAUUAGGAUUCUUUAGCCCCGGAAGUUCCAGUUUUAGAUAUCUUGGAAUCUGGUACCAUAAAGUCCGAGAGCAAACUGUGGUGUGGGUAGCAAAUAGAGAUGAUCCAAUCAAUGGUUCCUCGGGAGUUCUAUCAAUUGACCAAUAUGGAAAUCUCGUUCUCCGUAGCUACCAUAGCCAGAAGGUUCCUGUAUGGUCUACAAAUGUCUCAGUGGAGGUUGCAGAUACUUGUGUUGUAGCUCAGCUCUUGGAUACAGGAAAUUUGGUUUUGUUCCACGAUAGAAGUAAAAGUACUGUGUGGGAAAGCUUUGAUCAUCCUACGGAUGCUAUGCUGCCAGGAAUGAAACUUGGAUUGAACCGAAGGACAGGCAUGAACCGGUUCCCGAUAUGUUGGAGAUCAGCAGAUGACGCUGGAACUGGAAACUUUUCACUUCGGAUCAACCCAAAAGGAUCACCACAGGUCUUUAUCUAUUGGGGUAUAAAAUAUAUUUGGCGAGGCUUUCCUUGGCCCUUGAAAAGUUAUACAGAUAUAUCCAAUGUUAGUUUUGUCAACAAUCAAAAUAAGACAUAUAUGACCUACUCUGUUUCUGAUGCUUCUGUUAUCCUAAGCGUAAUGUUGGACUAUUCAGGACUAGUUAAGAAUCUAAUUCGGCAUGAAAAAGAUGGCAAAUGGAAUGAAUUCUGGUCGGCACCAAAAUCUCCGUGUGAUCCAUAUGGGCGUUGUGGUACCUAUGGAAUAUGUGAUCCUGACUUUCUUAGUCGAAGAUUUGAAUGUGAUUGUUUACCGGGGAAUGAACCCAAGUCCCCAAAGGACUGGCAUAUUCUAAAAGAUGCAUCAGGCGGGUGUGUCAGGAAGCGGCUAGAGUCUACCUCAUUAUGUGGCCAUGGAGAAGGAUUUGUGAAAGUGGCAAAUGUUAAAGUACCUGACACUACAGCAGCAGUUUGGGUGAGCAUGAAUAUGAGUCCAAUGGACUGUGAAAGGAAUUGCAAGAGGAAUUGUUCAUGCUCUGCAUAUGCAAGCAUAGAUAUUGCUGGGAAGGAGACUGGCUGUUUGACAUGGUAUGGCAAAUUGAUGGACACUGCACACGAUAGGGAAGAGGGACAUGAUAUUUAUGUUCGUGUUGAUGCAGUCGAAUUAGGUAAUGCAUUUUUGCCAUGGACAAAUUUUGAACAAAACCAAUGUGUAUAG